AUUUGAUAUCAAAACAUAACCUAUAAAUAAUCAAAAUUUUGUUGAUUUCUAUCGUGAUUUAAAUAAAUAAUUUUCCGAUUAUUUUUAUAUUUGUUUCAUAUCGUCUGGUUCACUACAUUUAAUCAAAUAUGGCAGACGUAAGAGAUAUAAUGGAGUUGGAGAGACCGCCAACUCCAGAAAUUACAAGAGAAACAAUCUUAGGAGAUAAAUUGAAAAAAAGAAAUUCUACAGGUCCCAAGGUGUCUAAAAGGCCUGAAGGAAUGCACAGAGAAGUGUUUGCUCUACUGUACAAUGAUAACAAAGAUGCGCCACCACUUUUUCCUUCUGAUACAAUUGGAAAUAAUGGCUAUAAGCAGACAAAGAUUAAAUUGGGGAUGAGAAAACCAAGAAAAUGGAUGUGGAUGUCUUUUACCAACCCUGCUAGGUCAGAUAAUGCUACUUUUUAUCAUUGGAGAAGACCAUCAGAUGAACCAAAGGAAUAUCCUUUUGCAAAAUUUAACAAGAAAGUUGAUAUACCAAAAUAUACAGACACAGAAUACCAGCAACAUUUAAAAUGCGAAGGAUGGAGUAAAGAAGAAACUGACCAUUUAAUGGAGCUAGCAACAAGAUUCGAUUUGAGGUUUAUGAUAAUGGCAGAUCGAUAUGACACUGAAAAGUUUUCUAAAAGAUCUGUAGAAGAUUUAAAACAAAGAUACUACAAGAUUUGCGGAAUAUUAGCAAAGCUAAAUGGCGAAAAGAAAAUAUACACGUACGAUGCAGAUCACGAACGCAGGAGGAAAGAACAACUAAAGAAACUGUAUGAAAGGAAACCGGAACAGAUCGAAGAAGAACAAUUUUUAUUAGGAGAACUUAAGAAAAUCGAAGCGCGCAAGAAGGAAAGAGAAAGGAAAACUCAAGAUUUGCAGAAAUUGAUCAGCCAGGCUGACAAUCAAAAUGAUACGCCUAGAAGAAGUGAUAAGAAAAUACCGAAAAAGAAAAUCGCUAAUCCUACUAGACCGUCUAGAGUUGAUACAAGUCAUAUUUUACAGACUAUAGAAAGUGCAGGUAUUAAAUUCCCUGAUUACAAAAACAGUGGCGUAUCUCUAAGGUCUCAAAGAAUGAAGCUGCCUGCGAAUAUUGGACAGAAGAAAUCUAAGGGAGUCGAACAGAUUUUACAAGAUAUGGGACUAGAGUUAAAUCCAACACCGUCAGAAGAAAUUUGCCAGCAUUUCAAUGAGCUGAGAAGCGAUAUGGUCCUGUUAAUGGAAAUUAAAGGAGCUCUAGUAACUUGCGAAUACGAAUUGCAGUCUUUGAGGCAUCAGUACGAAGCUUUGAAUCCAGGAAAGACACUAUCAAUUCCUCAACAAUUGACUUCUAAUACAGAAGUCGAGGCUAAGAUAAGCACAAGUGAGAUUAUCGACGUAGUGGGGUCACCUGAUACUCCAUCUAAUGCCUAGCUAGUGAAGGUUAUGAGGCUUUAAUCUUUGUAAACCAGUACAAUACCGGUUUUGUUUGAAUGCAUUUUUUGUGUGGAUCGUGUAAUAUAAAAAGUGAACUGCAAAGUUUGCCGAGAGUGAAAAGUGUCUCUAAUAAAUAAAAAUUGGUUUGUCAUUAAACUUACAUUGUGUGGGUUAUUUGAUAAUUUUUUGGUAACUGCUUCUUAUAGUCUUGCAACAUUAUAAUAAGUCUAGGUUUUAUUGAAGUGACUGACUUGUUUAAUAAUUAGAUAAUAGUAUAAUUUUUUGUAAAUUAAAAUGAAGAAAUACUUCAGAUUUAAAAAAAAUACGCAGGUG